AUGAAAAGUGUACAUGUACUGCUGCUGAUCUUGGUCACUGCCGUGUUUGGUUCCAUUAAGGAGACACCACAGCAGAUCGUUACCAAGUACAAAAACUACCGGACCAUCUGCACUGGACUUGGAUAUCAGAACCUAAGCUGCAAAGCAGACAUCAAAGGGAAAAGAUCAAUUGCUUUCCAGUCGUCACUAACAAAUAAGUUGGAGAAUAUGGGAAAUCAACAAACUGUGAUAUUUGACAGGGUGACCUUGAAUGAAGGAAAUGGUUAUGAUAAGAAGACAGGUAUUUUUACCGCCCCUGAGGAAGGUGUCUAUACGUUUAGUUGGGCAAUGAUGUCAAAGAGAGAUAAAUAUUUUAUCAGUGAGAUAGUACACGACGGAAACCUCAUUGCUUAUAACCACUCUGAUGGAAGGGGUCUCACUGGCUAUGUUACGUCAUCAAAUACUUCCAAUAUCAAAAUGAAGAAAGGAGAAAAAGUAUGGAUUAGGGCACAUGGAAGCUAUGGCCAAUUUGCUAAUGGUGGAUAUUGGUGUAAUUUUUCUGGAAAUAAGCUAUGA